UGGCUGGUCCCUCGGUUAGGAUGAGAGGAGAAGAAGAAGUUGAUCAGAGAUUUUGAUGAAAAGCAGCAGGAAGCAAAUGAAACGCUAGCAGAGAUGGAGGAGGAACUACGGUAUGCACCCCUGUCUUUCCGUAACCCCAUGAUGUCUAAGCUGCGAAACUACCGGAAGGACCUUGCCAAACUGCAUCGGGAGGUGAGAAGCACACCUUUGACAGCCAUCCCUGGGGGCCGAGGAGACAUGAAGUACGGCACAUAUGCUGUGGAGAAUGAGCAUAUGAAUCGACUGCAGUUUCAGAGGGCACUGCUUCUGCAAGGCACUGAAAGCCUCAACCGGGCCACCCAGAGUAUUGAGCGGUCUCAUCGGAUUGCCACAGAAACUGACCAGAUUGGCUCGGAAAUCAUAGAAGAGCUGGGGGAACAGCGAGACCAGCUGGAACGCACCAAGAGCAGACUGGUAAACACAAGUGAAAACUUGAGCAAAAGUCGAAAGAUUCUCCGUUCAAUGUCCAGAAAAGUGACAACCAACAAGCUGCUGCUUUCCAUCGUCAUCUUACUGGAGCUCAUCAUCCUGGGAGGCUUGGUUUAUUACAAGUUCUUUCGCAAGCAUUGAACUUCUAGGAAGGGCGCUGUGGACCAGAACGUUGACCCUGUGGAUGAAUGGUAUUAGACAGGAUAUGGAACAAGCGUGAUGCUGCUGUGGGCUGAACAUGCGGCGCUGUGUAGCCAACUGUGGGAGGGGGGGGGGCAGACAGAAAAUCACAUAAAUGUGAAGGAAGGACAACAAGACCAUUAUGAUAUACCAAGGUAAUAAAUGUUUAUGAUUUCUUCA